AUGAUAAAUUUAUUCUUAUUUCUGAUUAUCUAAACAAAGUUGGUUGAUGGUUUUGAGACAAUUAAAAUGAAUUCAUCUAAUCAAUAUUUAAGGAGAUUAGUUUAAUUGAAAGAUGAUGAAUAGACAAGAAAUAGUUGUUUGACAUAUGGAAUCUGGUCAAAGUAUAACCCUCUUAGUACAAUCACUCAAAUGGGGAAAUUUGGAUUGUUUGAUAGUCAUUGCUUUCAUUUGCACAAUGUAAUUGAUUAGGAAUCCCAAAGUUUAAAUCUCGUUUAUUACGACUGCUUAAACUCUGCUUCUAAGAAAAUAACAAAAACACUUUUAUUUAUCAAUAAUCGAGAUGAAUAGAAUAGAUUUGAAAUAACGAUAGAUCCAUUUGACUACGAAAAUACUUGGUUUUAUUUAUAAAUUAUAUCCUGGCCAUUAUAAGAUAUAUUUAGAUUGAUAAUAAUGAAAAGAUAAGAAAUUUAGUAUGAAACAACAAGAUAAAUGAAAUACCCAUUCAAAGAUACAAACUUAAUAUUUACUUUCGGAAGUAAUCUUUUAGUACGUAAUUCAAGAAUAAAUGAUCAAUCAAUAGGCCAAAUAUUUUCAUAUUUUCCUGGUCCUAUUAUUUUGUAAGAUGUCUCAAUUUCAAGUUUAGCCCUUGAUUUUGCUUUUAUUGAUUCUGCAAAUAAAGUAUAUAGUUCAAUCAAGAGCUGUGUUUGUUCAUCAAAUUCGAAAUCUUUGAUAGGAGAUAUGGAUGUUAAACAAUAAGAUAUGAAUUAAUUUAUUUCUGAUAAAAUAAAUUGUGACUCGUUUGUAUUAGCGGGUUGGAUUAAAGUUAAGGAAAUUGUCAAUUAAUAAGAUCAAUCAACUUAUCAGCUAAUCAAAAUAUAAGCGAAUUUAUUACAUCCAACUUUCUAGAAUCAAAACUUAUCUCCGUUCCAACUUAUGUAUCAUCUCAGUUAAUAGAAAAAUGAAAUAGAAAUUACAACCUAUAGCUAUACCUUCCCUGAUGUUUCUAUUGACUUUUCAAAUAAUCCUUUCCUGCUCUCACGGAGAAUCUUAAUUAAAAAUAAGAUCACACUCUGGCAUUAUCUCAAAGUUGAACUGUAAAAAAAUAAACUUAACGUGGCAAUAAUAUUUUAUGAAGAUAAAGAUACUUUUCAUUAUGAUGCAAAUUUUUAAGUACUUUAAUUUCAAAAUUGUCAAUUUAAGGUUUAAUAUGGAAAUUGUUUAUAAACUAAAAUUAAUAUUUUAACCAUCUUAAUUAGAAAUUUGGAAUUUUAUAAUUGUUAUAAAAAACUUACACAAUAAAGUUGUCAUUAUAGUUGCUUAGAAUGUGACGGUCCAACCAACCAAGAUUGCUUAUCUUGUUCAAUUGGCUCUCAAAGAAUAUAUCUCCCAAAAUAUAAAGUCUGCAUUUGUCCACAAAACACAAUUGAUAAUCAGAAUCAAUGCUAAGAGUAUUAAAAUUCAGGUUUACGAUUAAUAAAAAAUGAAGAUCCAAUUACUAGUUAGGAUUGUAAAUACGGAUACUUCGAGUUCGAUGGAGAUUGUAUUAAAUGGUAUCAUUUGAUUUUUAUUUAGUCCUUCUAUGAUAAAAGAGCAAUUUAUUAGUUGUGUUGAAUGUCUAAAAAACCCAAAGACAUGGUUUGAAUAUCCUAUCUGCUAUAUAGUCUAUGUCAUUAAACCAAAUAUCACUUUUGAUGAGGCAUACAUUCCAUUUGGUCGAAUCCACUAUUAUUUUGAUGGAAUAUUACUUAACCCUAUUCAUAAUAUCCAUACAUCAACUUAUGAAACAGAUCUUAAAAAUAUAGAUGGCAUUUUUAAGGAAUUUUAGUUAGCCUAAAAUAAUUUUCGACGCUUUUGUUAAUAGAUGGAUUUUGCAGUAACUGAUUAAUUCAUUUGUUAUGAAUGCUUAAUUGAUAAUUGUUAAGUUUGUUAGAUUACUCCUACUUCUUUUGAAUGUGUAGGUUGUUAUGCCAAAUAUGUUCUCAUAAAUGGUGAAUGUAUAUAAUAAUCUCAAGAUAAUUCAAUAUCUACUCUCGUUUGUUUACCUCCCUUUUAUUAUUCAUUUGAAAAAUAAUGUAAAAUUUGUGAAAUUAAAUAUUGCAUUUAUUGCUUUGAAUAUUCAACAAGUGAUUUAAAUGUAUGCACUUUAGUAACGGUCUCUGAUUUCAAUUUAAGAAAUCUGUAAAAUAUCAAAAUAGGUUGCGCACUUUGUGAAGAAAACUAUAUAUUCGAUUUCACUCUUGGGUUGUGUUUAAAGCAAAUUCCCGAAAUUGAUAAUUGUUAAAGAACUUACAUCAAUUUAUAGAGUCAGGAGCAAUGCGUUUCAUCAAAGAAUCCUGAUUUUUCUAUUGCACCAGAAAUAUCUAAUUGUUAGAAAUAUAUUGACAAUUGCAAUUUAUGUUCUUUAAAUAUUGAAAAAAAAAUUAAAUGUGUUGUGUGUUAGGAUAACUAUGUAAUAGAAGACAAUAAAUGUUAUUAAAAUGAAGAAUUUAAUCUUUAAAACAAUUUAAUUUAGAAUUAUACAAAUAAGAUUUAAAGUUUUAUUCUUUAAUUUGUUCCAAACCUAAAAACAACUGUUUAUAGCAAAUAUUUAAGUUUAUUAAACUCAGAUAAGUAAUUUUGUGAUUCUUAAUGCCUGUUAUGUGAUAUAACUAUUCCGUACUGCAAAUACUGCCCAUUAAAUUAUCAAAAAAAAUACAUUAUAACAGAGAAAGGACCAAAUUGCACUUAUUGUCAUCCGUUGUGUUAAGUGUGUACGGCUCGUUCUACUAAAGAGAUGCAAGUAUGAAAAUCAAACAUCAUAAAUAGCUUAAUUUUCCCAAUUUCAAUGUUACUCAGGACAAUUAAAUCUACACUAAGACAUGCAUAAAAGCAUAUUUCGACCCUUCCAUCUUUUAUGAUCAUUAUUCUCAAACUGUGAAGUAUUGUUUCAAUCAGGAUUGUAAAGAUAAAUAUAUUUUUGACGUUUCUUAUCCCUCAUGUGAUUUUACAAGAUUUAAUAAAAUGUAUGAAUCAGCAAUCAAUACCUAAUAUUGUAACUAAAUUGGAAUCGAGUACCUUAAAAUAAAUUUCACUUUUCAGGUUUUACAACCAAAUUGUUAUCUAACUUUGCCAUUAAAUUUCUCAACUCAAUUAAAAUAAAAAGUAUUCACUAUAAAAAAGGUAGAGUUCAAAUUAACAUCGUAAAAAUAUUUAGAAAUUACUCUUUUUACCAAUAACUCAUUCAAAAAUUAUGAUUAAGUUGAGAUAAGCAAUUUAGGAUUUAUUAUUUCUGAAGACUCAUACUUUCUAUUCCAAAAUGCAAAUAACAAAAUUGAUUUGAUACUAUCUAAUUUUACAAUUAGGUAAAGUAUUGUAUAGAAUAUAGAUUCUAUGUUCAGAGCAGAUAUAUUUGGUAAUAUCAUCAUAAAUAAUUUUACUGUCGAAAAUAGUACCUUUAUCAACUCCUCAAUUUUUAAUUUUUAAUAAAAUUAGGUUUAGGGGACAAUAUCUAUAACAAAUCUAAAAUUUAAAAAUUGUACAAUUAUAGAAUCAGCUUUAUUUAAAAUGUCUAAAGUGGAAUCCAUUAUUUCUUUAAAUUACUUUAUUUUAGAUUAAUCCCUGUUAAGAAAUUCAUCAAUAUUCAGUUUUUACAGCAGUUAUUCCUAAUAAUCAAAACAUCUAAACUUAUUGAAUACAAUUAUAAGAAAUAGCAAUUUCUCUCGAUCAUAUUUAAUAAACUGCACAAAUUAAAUAGAAGUAAAUAUGCAUGAUUUUCAAUUCUAUUUAAACUCUUUAGAAGACUCUGUCAUUUUUUAAGUUAGUCAUAACAUUUCAAUGACUAAGUUAAACAUGUACCAGAAUGUCCUCUCUUUCUCCUAAUUCCUAACCAUAACUUAAAUAUUGUUGAAACAUCAAAUUAUGUGUAAGAUAAAUGAAUUUAUAGCAAAUUAAAAUCAUUAUUAGUCUUCCAAUAUAAUUUUGAUCUUUUCAACAUUUUCAACAAACUCGCUUAUUAUCAACUUUGACAAUUUUUAAAUAACAGAAAAUUUCAAAUUAUUUAAAUAAAAUGAAAAUAUUUAACUAUUUUGUAUGAAUAGUUAAGAAAUUCACAUGUCAAAUUUUUUAAUUAUUGAUAAUCACGAUUUAGUGAUAUUUUACUUAUCUGAAAAUACUAAAAUAUCAAUUACAAAUAUGACUUAUAAAAACUCCAUCCAAAACUUUAAAAUUCCUAUAUCCUCAAGCUGUUUAAUUACCAAUAACACAAACAAGUUAUUAUAUAUUUUUGGAUUUACAACCAUUUACAUUGCAAAUGUCUAGGUCUUACAAAUUCUGAGUGUUGAGGAACCUAUAAUCUAGAUUAGUCCAAGCCAACAAAAUAUAUCAUAUGUUACUCGUUAGAUUCAGAUAAUUAAUGUUACUUUUACUCAAAAUAUUCUCAUUUAAUCAACUUUAACUAAUCUGAUUUCUUUGUUAAUUAUAGAAUCAGAUAAAAAAGCAAAUAUUUUACUGUAAAAUAUUGAAUAUGAAGAAAACUUUCUUCAUUCUUACACUAGUAAUGCUUUAAGAGAAGCUGCUAGUCUUUUGUACAUCACUUCAUCGUUAAGUCAAUUGAUAGUUAUGAAUUUUUUCUGUAAAAACAAUGCAUUCACAAAUUCAUCAAAUGCUUUUAUCGCUAUGAUGUCAGCUGAGAUAAUUCUUAUCAAUUAUACUAUAACUAAUCACAAUUUUUUAUCUUAAUAAAUAUGGACGAAAUAUUACGAAUUGCAAUUCAACGAGAAUCUAAAUCAAUAAAAUCUAAAUGAAAUUAUUUUCUAAAUUUUAUAGAUUAAAAAUAUUGGAGGAGCAGGAUUAUUUUCAGUUAAAAACAUGUCUUGUAUUGAUUGCUCAUUUUCACAAAUUCUUGCUAUGUAAAGCCCUGUUUUUGAUAUCACAACUAGCGAAAGAGGCUUAAUAAAUUUAUUCAAUAUCACAAUAGAUUAAAUAGAGAGUAAUUUAUUAUCAAUAGAAAAAGGGUCAGGAUGCAUAAGUAUUUAUUCAUCAAACAGUGAUCUGAAUCUAAAUAUAACAAACGCUGUUUUUUCAAGUAUUUUUAAUAGAAUGGCUCCAUCUAUAUUUACUAUUAAUCCCUCAAAAUCGUAAAAUAUUAUCUAACUAAAGAAUACUUAGAUUAUAAAUUGCAUUUCUUUGCUCAAUUAAAUUAUUAAUGUAUAAUUCUCAUCAUCUCAAGCUAAAGAAAACAUCAUCUCCUUCGUAAAUAUGAGGAUUGCUUAAAAAUACGAUGCUUGGUCAAUUUAUUUCUUAAAAAUUAGAGAUUUAUUAAUCUAAGAAGUUACAGAUGCUGUAAAUAAUUAGAAUUCUAUAAUGUCUUUUCAAAAUUGCAUGGUUUCCAUAAAUGAUUUCUUAAUAGAAGGGAUUAUAACGAAUACUAUUUUUUAAUUUUCAAAUACCCCAAAAUUAGAGCUUUUUAAUAUAAAAAUAGACAACAUCUAAAUGUUAUAUUCAUUUAAUCUAAUUCAGGUAACAUAAAUCUAAUAGAUUUAAUCUAUAGUUUAAAUAGAGCAUCUCAUUAUAAAAAAUACUUACCUUUACAAAAAUGAGAUAAAAUCUGAAUCAAAUUAUUAAUUUCACAACUAUAAUAUUAGAGGAUGUAAUAUAAUUUAAUAAGAUUCUGAUAAUGAGAAAGAUUAUUUUUAUGUUUAUGUUAAUUCUCUUCAGCAAAAUAAUUAAUUAGAAAGCUCUUUCUUAUAUUUUAAAAGCAACUCUAAUCAAAAUGGCUAUUAUUUUAAUGACAUUACAUUUGAACAUAAUGAUUGCAAUUGGUGUAAUAAGGGCUUGUUAUUUAUUGAAAUUUCAGACUUUAAUUAUAUUAAAUUUGAGAAUUUCAAUUGCAUUUAUAAUUCAAUCAAACAAUUUGGAUGCUUGCUUUUUUCCUAGUAAACUUAUUUGCAAUCAAAAAUCUCAAUCUCUAACUCUAAUUUUCUCUUUAAUAAUGGAAGUCAAGGCAUUGGAAUAACUGCUCAAAAAACAAAUCUAAUACUUAAAAGGUGUAAAAUCUUAAACAAUAGUGCAGAAACAUUUGGAGGAGGUUUAUACAUGCAAGUAUAAUCAUCAGCCUUUAAUAUCAAUAAAUCAAUUAUUAUUGGUAAUAAAGCUAGAAUUGGAGGGGGCAUUUAUUUAGAAGAUGAUUGCAAACUAAAUAGUAAUAAUUUCUUAGAAUCAUUAUUAUUUUUCAAUUCAGCCGAAGUAUACGGGAAUAAUCUAAAAGAGAUUCCAAAUCAUUUAGCGUUUUUUGUGAAUUAUAUACAGAGUCCUACUGAAUCUGUUUUUUUGAAUAACGAAUAGACAAAUAAAUUGAAUUUAAAAACAUACAGAAUGGUUGAAUAGGGAAUCGAAAUCUUUGCAAAAGAUCUACUCAUCCCAAGCAAUCAAAUCUUAUAAACAUAUCAGAUUUUUGACAUACAUAAUUCAAAUUACAAGCCAUAUAUAAAAGAUAUUAGCCUGCAUUUUGAAAAUAGUAGAAAUGAAAAAAUGCAUAAUUUAGCCAAUUCAUCUUGUGAAGUAAAGGAUAAGAUUAUUGCAAAAGACUUUUAAGAAUUAGCAGAUAGAUCAAAUUAUUAAACUUUGGACUUUGAUAACGAAAAUAGUUCUUUCCCUUUUGGGUCAUUAUCAUUCAGUUUAGAUCCAUAUUAACAAAACUACAGUCAUCUAUAGAUUGAAAUAAGCUGCUAAUUAUAAGAGUCUAGUAAGAUUCUGACAUAUCUACUAUAUGCAAAAAGCCUUAAAUGUUAAUUAGGAGAAUUCUAUGUAGAUAAUGGAUGUUAAUUAUGUUAAUCCAAUUAAGGGUAUUAUUCUGUGAUCUAUGAUGCAACAAAGUGUUCUAUUUUUGAUAAGGAGAAAUACUCUGAUAUUACCUCAAAUAUGAUUAAAUUACUACCAGGAUUUUGGAGACCCAAUAAUUUUUCUGAUUAUGUCGAACCUUGUUUCAAGAAUCCCUUAUUUUGUUUAGGUGGGUGGCAGGUUUCCCAUAAUACAUGCUAGUUAGGACAUAUAGGAGCUUUAUGUGAAGAGUGCGAUAUAUAUAAUAUUAGGGGACAUGGGAGUUAUUUUAAAAAUUAAUGGGAUGAAAAUUGUCUAAAAUGUGAAUUUUAAUGGAGUAACACGUUGCCAAUUCUGAUAGGCUGUCUUUGGUAAUAUAUUUAACUAUUAAUGAAAGGACAUUUAUAUCUAUUUCGAUGUCAUUGAGAAGUAUCUCUAGAUCUAAUUAAUUAUAUGCAUCAUUAAUAAUUGCAUAGAGAUUUAGUAAAAUCCUAUUUAAAUUAAAUUAAGGUAAAUUGUAUUGAUAGAUUUUAGAUCAGGAGAGUAUUUAAUUAAAAAUGAUGAUAAAUUAUAUAUGGAUAUUUAGUGUCAUUUUUACAUUUAACAUCAGAUUUUAAUUUUCCUUACUUUUUGUUGAAUAAACCAGUGAUACCUCUUAUUUUAUUGCAAAAGAUUUCGACUGUUAAAUAUCUUCUAUCGAGCAAAUUCCUCUUGUUUAUUUGAAAAUUUUCGCUAUGUUAAUUUUUAUGAUAAUCCUCUUCAUCCUCACAAUUGCAGGAUCUAUUUUAUAUUCAUUAACGAUUAAACAAAAAUUAGAUCUGAGUCUCCUUUCAAAUACUGCUCUCUACCUAUAUGUUUUUAAUUAUGCAGGAUUAAUAAAGAUGUAUAUUUAUGAUUUAAACUUUAUAGGUUUUCAUCUUUGAUUUCAAAAAGAGAAGUAUCCAAAAACUCUUAUAUUCAAGGAGAUUUAUCGUUGAAAUAUGGAUCUCAAGAUCAUUAUUUGUGGAUGUAUUAUUUUAUCAUUCCUGGAUUGUUUGUUAUUGGUGCAUUGAUUCCUAUCAUGAUAUUUAUACUUUUGAAGAUAAAUAGAACUCGUUUAGAGAAGAUUAAGCUUAGAAGACACAUAUCUUAUUUGUUAAAUGAAUACAAAUAGGAAAGAUAUUAUUGGGAACUCAUAAAACUAUUCAAGAAAUCAAUCAUAAUAUUUAUAAUGACAAAUUUUGAAACUGAUAUUGUGUUGAAAGCAUCGUUGCUAGGAUUAUGUUUACUAAUAUAUCAAAUAUUGGCUACAUUUCAUUAGCCAUUCACUAUUAAAAAAUAUAAUAAUUUAGACCUAUAAACUAGUCAAAUAUGUUCAAUUUCUAUAUUUUUAGCUAUAACCAAAUAUAUUUGUGAAUAGAACAAUUAUGUCUCUCCAUCCACAUUGCUCUAAAUUCUAAUAAUAGGAUGUGUAAUUAAACUUUGUUAUCCAUUUGUUUUUGGAAUUGCAAGAAGUUAUUUUAAAAAGUAUUAGUUCUUCUUUUUGAAUAAAUUAUAUUCUCUUCUAAAUUAGAAAGUACCAAAUUUCUUAUUUACAAUAAUGUUGAUGUAGAAAUUAGAAAAAGAGAAAUUAAGGAAAAAGAAAUUAAAGAAUCAUAUCUCCAAAUUGAAAAGUCAUUUAAUUUAUUACUCAAAAUUAUAACUAAGAAACUCAAAACAAAUAAUGUCAGGUUUUUACUAAAGCUCAUUAAGUUCAAGAACAAAUAGUGUAAAAUCAAGUAGAAUAGGAAUUGAAAAACUAUAUUUUGAUCACACUGAACAAGAGGAAUUUACUAAAAGAUGA